AUGAAUACCACAGCACCUACUUCAGCAGAUGCAUGCUUGAGUAUAGUUCAUUCACUGAUGUGCCACAGGCAAGGUGGCGAAAGUGAAGGAUUUUCUAAAAGGGCAAUAGAAUCCCUAGUCAAGAAAUUAAAAGAGAAGCGAGAUGAAUUAGAUUCAUUGAUUACAGCAAUAACGACAAACGGUGCUCAUCCCAGUAAAUGUGUAACUAUUCAACGUACUUUGGAUGGUCGCUUGCAGGUUGCAGGAAGAAAAGGUUUUCCACACGUAAUAUAUGCUAGGAUCUGGCGCUGGCCGGAUUUACACAAGAAUGAAUUAAAACAUGUGAAGUUCUGUCAGUUUGCAUUUGACUUAAAAUGUGAUUCAGUUUGUGUUAAUCCAUACCAUUAUGAAAGAGUUGUAUCGCCAGGAAUUGAUCUCUCAGGACUCACACUUCAAACAGGACCUAGUAGAUUAGUUAAAGAUGAAUAUACAGCAGGACUUAGUGGUAACGGUAUGGACAUGGACACUGGAGAGCUGGUAACCAUCCAGCAUCAUGCCACGAGCCCUCGACAUCACCACUCCACCAUACCUCAUCACCAUCAGCAAUUCCAAACAACAAAUAUUAUUAUUAAUCAAGUCCAGACGCCAGAUGGCGUUCCGAAUAUGUUUUCUGCUACACAUGGAGCACGAACCCAAUUACGACCCGGAGCGCCGAUGGUCCCCCCCCAAAUGGUACAUUCGCCUGGCAAUCAGAUGAUGACGAAUCAUUCUGCUGGCCAAAUGCCUGGCACCCCUCAAAUGGGGCCAGGAACACCUCAAAUGGGCCCCAGUAAUCCUCAAAUGGGUCCAGGAACUCCUCAAAUGGGACCGGGAACUCCACAAAUGGGACCGGGAACUCCUCAAAUGGGAACGAAUGUGCCACAGAUGGCAUCGCCUAGACUGGCGUCUGCACCUAACCAGAUGUCCCCAGGAACGCCUCAAAUGCCAAAUAUAAGCCAGGGAAUGUCAAUACCGAGUCCUCAACAGAUGGCAAUGGCGCAACAACGUGCUAUAGCCCCUAAAUUGGAACCUCCUGAUACAAUGGACGCUCGUGCAAUGUGGCUGCCAAAGAGAAUGAAUCAUUCUGCUAUGCCAGUCAGUAUGUCACCGGGUGGUACAACACCGUUACUAGACGGUUCAAAUAACACCUUUUUCACAUCUGAGCAGACUGCUACAGACACCCAAAUGACACAAACUUUGCCAGCCGGCACCGCAGCUGUAUCAGCAGUGUCAGCAGUACCAGUGACAGCAGUGUCAGCUAUGACUACUGAGCCUCAGCAAAAUGGUUUUGCCGCUGGCAGCCCCGCUCCCCAGCAAAGCCCAGUGCCACAUCGCACCCAACACCAGCAGGGCACGUGGACGGGCAACAACACGCUGACGUACACGCAGAGCCUCGCGCCGCCGCCCGCCGCGCCCCCCGUGGAUGCGCCCGCGCAUCACCAUCAUUACUAUAAUGGAAACCCCGGUGGUCUUCUUUCAAGUCAGCCUGCACCAGAGUAUUGGUGCUCGGUAGCUUACUUUGAGCUGGAUACACAAGUCGGAGAGACGUUUAAAGUACCAUCCAGUCGGCCUAACGUUACUGUCGAUGGCUACGUUGAUCCUUCUGGUGGAAAUAGGUUCUGCUUAGGUGCACUAAGUAAUGUUCAUAGGACAGAACAGAGUGAGCGUGCAAGGCUGCACAUCGGCAAGGGAGUACAAUUGGAUCUGCGAGGCGAAGGCGACGUGUGGCUCCGCUGCCUCUCCGAUCACUCCGUGUUCGUACAGUCCUAUUAUCUGGACCGGGAGGCUGGCCGGGCGCCGGGAGAUGCCGUGCAUAAGAUAUACCCCUCGGCCUGUAUCAAGGUGUUCGACCUGCGCCAGUGCCACCGCCAGAUGCAGACGCAGGCGGCCACGGCGCAGGCGGCCGCCGCCGCGCAGGCCGCCGCCGUCGCCGGCCACAUCCAGCCCGCGCACCCCGGCAUGAACAAGUGCUUGUCGGCGGCGGCCGGAAUUGGCGUGGAUGACCUCCGGCGACUGUGUAUCGUGAGACUGUCGUUCGUGAAGGGCUGGGGCCCGGACUACCCGCGCACCUCCAUCAAGGAGACGCCCUGCUGGGUCGAGGUGCACCUGCACAGAGCGCUGCAACUCCUGGACGAAGUGUUGCACACGAUGCCGAUCGACGGUCCGCGGUCUAACAUCGAGUAGGAGUUGAUCGGCUUCUUUUGAGGCCUUCGAGCGACUCCGCACCGCCUGGCGACUUCGCCCAUACACUGCUCACUAGCCCCAUCUACCCCCCACUUCUUCCACCACUUCUCAUCCCCUAUGUUCAUACUUGUAUACAUUUAUUUCAAACAAAAACAAAAAAUACCACCGUCUAGUAUUUUACUAUACUGACAUUUUGUGUUUUUGGAAAAUACUGCAGGCCCGUGUGAUUUACUUAGAUCAUCUUUUAGUUGUUAGCACUUGUGAAUACACAUUUUCAUAUAUUAAUUAUAA